UCCUCUGACCAAGCCUUCCCUGAUCCUCGGAUCUAUUCUAUUUAACUUGGUCUCUUAACAAAUUUCUAAAAUUAAAAAAUCAAUGUAUAAAAACUAACUCCUUCACAAAUUGGAGCAUAUACUGCUUUCAGGAUUCUUGAAGUCAUUCAAAGAAUCAGCUUCCUUUGCUUUCCUUUCCAAACCAAAGCAUCAAUUGCAUAUAAUACGUAACAUAUAAAUAAUCCAUCUUAUUCUUCUUCCUCUCUUCCGAAUAAGAAAAGAAACAGAGAUAGAUAGAUAUGAUGAAGCUGUACAACGGAUUAGGAAAGAAGAUCCACCCUUCACCUCCACCUUCAUCCCCAUGCGAUCUCCUCUCCGUUCUCCCGGCAGCCAUCCUCACCCUAACCGCAGCACUCUCGCCGGAGGACAAAGAGGUGCUCGCCUACCUUCUGUGCGGCCCGAUCGCCGGAAAGAAGAACAACCAGCACCACCCACCGGAACUCGGCUGCGAUUGCUUCGGAUGUUACAAGAG